UUGCGGUCAGGCAAUCAUCACUGAAACGUCGACGGGAGUGGAUGGAAUAUAACUGACAAGCACGAGAACACUGAAGAGAGGUGUAGAUAAAGCCCACCUCUCCAAACAAGUAACCCAUUCUCCGCCUGCAGCUUCAAAACAGCAAGCCAUAAGAAAAGUGGGAAAUUUAAGAGCACCAUGAUGACGAAGCACUACAGUAAAGCAGUCGAGAUGUCCGAGCUGGUGGGCUCUCUGGGCUGGAUGGAGGAAGACACGCUGAGCUCCCAGGACGAAGGGCCCGCCGAAUCAGACCGAUAUACCAUCGACGCCAGGGAGGACGGCGAUGCUGGCAGUGAUGAGCUUGACGAAGGGGAACAGGAUGAAAACGAGGAGAACGGGGCCGAGAAGCUGCCAAAGAGACGAGGGCCCAAGAAGAAGAAGAUGACCAAGGCGCGAGUGGAGCGCUUCCAGGCCCGCCGCAUCAAAGCCAACGCCCGGGAGCGCUCCCGCAUGCACGGCCUCAACGACGCCCUGGAUAACCUCAGGCGGGUGAUGCCCUGCUACUCCAAGACCCAGAAACUGUCGAAAAUCGAGACCCUCAGGCUGGCCAGGAACUACAUCUGGGCUCUGUCUGAGGUGCUGGAGAGCGGCGAGUCCCCCGACGGGCGGGGGUUCAUGGAGAUGCUGUGCAAGGGGCUCUCACAGCCCACCAGCAACUUGGUGGCAGGGUGCAUGCAGCUGGGCCAGCAGCCGCUCCUGCUGGACAAACGAGAAGAGAAGGUGGCCCCUGUAUGUGUGGGGGGGGCCAUCCCAGGACAUCCAUUCAGCUACCCAUCCCCGGGCCUGCCGAGCCCCCCUUAUGGAGCGAUGGAUGCCUCCCACCUCCUUCACCUCAAGUCACACAGCUUCAAAGGGCUGGUGGAACACCCUGCUUAUGAGCACACCUCACCAGAGUGCGGGGGCACCCCUCCGUAUGACGGACCACUCACGCCACCCCUGAGCGUCAGCGGCAACUUCACCCUGAAGCAGGAGCCGUCGCCCCAUGAAAUCGACAAGGGCUACGGCAGCAGUGCCCCUGCCACUCACACGGCGGGCUUUGUGCCACAUUAUGUCCCCUCGGCUAUCCCUGGACUGGGGGGGCCUCAGGGGCAAAAUGCCCUCUUCCAGACCGCCCUGUCACGUUAUGAGCUGCCAAUGGACAUGACUUUCGACAGCUACAUUCAACACAUGGUGGGAUCACAGAUAGGCACGGUCUUCAACGAGUAGUGAUGGACCAAGAGCAGGAUGAGCACGAGCACAGCAAACCCCCUAGCAGUAGGUCUGAAUCCACUGUUCCACCCAAACCUCCACCCACAUUGUUCAGACCACAGGAUUUGAUGUCAUGAGAGACAUUGUGACAGGACAUGAGAAUGACUUGGCCAAAUAAUAGAGACGUGACUGAGCAAGCCGGAAUCUAGCGCCUUGCUAUGCAUUUCUGGGGUGAAGCUCAGUAUGGACCCAUGAGAAGAAGGCAGCAGACUGGGAGAUAAUGAAGAGUGAACCCCUCAGAGAUGCACAACAUCUAACAAGGCAUUUCAGUGAGAUGAAGAGCAUGAUGGGUCAGCUUAGUACAGAUAAUGAAGAGAUGACCAAUGGUCAAAAGGCCCCUCAGAGGUGGACAACAUCACACAAGGCAACUCAUUGAGGUGAAGACCAUGAUGGGUCAAUCAAGUUUAAAACGCCUGUUUUUUUUUUUUGGUUUUUUAAAUGAAGAUGUGACAAGUAGAAAUGGACAGUCAGAAUGAAUCCCAAAUAAGGUGGACACAUUCUGACAUCUUCACUCAAGACAAGGUUAGCAUUCUAUUAAGCAGAACACAAGGUACCCAAUAGAGGUGACAACCUUGUCAAGACACAUAGGAUGAGCUCUUUGGAGAUGAACACCCUCAGCCAAGGAACUGUCUAAGGUGAAGAACAUGACAGGACUAUCAGGGAUGACCAGCUGGUCAAAAAAUGUAGGAAGAACCCCUUAAGAGAUGGACAAUAUCACAAAAGGCAAAUCUUCAAGAUGAAGAACAUGUUUGGUCAAACAAAUAUGGACAGAUAUUCAUACUGUUCAGCAGAGAUGACCACCUGGUCAGGAGAUGUCAAAUGAGCCCUUCAGAGAUGGAUAUCAAUCACGUCUUGCAAUAAUAUGAGGUAAAGAAAAUGAUGGGUCAGUCAGUUUCAAACACAUGUAUUUUGAAAUCAGGAUGUGCCCCAUGGUGAUGGACAAUCCAAAGUAGGCCAUUUAGCUUUGGCAAGGGUCACUAAAGUUUUCUGGAAAUUCAGAAUGAAUCCAAAAUAAGGUGGACACUUUCUCAAACAUUCCAUUAAGAAGAACACAAUGUACCCAACAGAGGUGACAACCUUGUCAUGAGAGAUAAGAUGAGCUCUAUGGAGAUGGACAUCCUCAGUCAAGGCAACCAUCUAAGAUGAAGAACAUGACAUGGCCUAUCAAGUUGAAGCAGCUCACGGAACUCAUCAGAGAUGAACGCUUCAUCAGGGCGGCCAUACAAAGACAAGUAUAAGCUGAACUCAGCAGAGGAGGACAUUCUUAGAUGGAACCUUCAGCUUUAGAAAGUCUUAAGGCCGCUUUUCGAAUGAAAGUAUUGAGGUCCUAGAAAUGGACACCGUUCCACAAAUGCACUCAGGGGAAUAGGAAUAAGCAUUACAAUGCAAUUCAUUUCCAACACCCGUGUAUGAAAAUGAGAGCAAGAAUUACAGAGAUGAACAUUCUGAGGUGGACCCAUCAGCUCAGAGUGACCACUUAGAUGUAAAGGGGACCCCUUGCAGAUUGACAACAGUCUCACUAUGUCAUUUCAGAGCAAG